CGUACAUACUGCAAGAGGCUUUGUUUACAUAUGCACCGUUUGCAAAGUCAUGUUAAACAUUUUAACAAGUAUAUAAACGCACGAGUCACUUUAUGACAUGAACACACGAUCCUGGUUUUAAGUAAACGAUAAAUGUAAAGUUAUGAGCCGAAACCGUGUUAUACAAUGGUCCACGAUGGCCAGGACAUGGUGGCUGUUUGAUUCUAAGUACCAGUGCCCAUUCAGAUCAGCAGAGAAAAUCUGCAUGUACCUGGAGGGAAGACAUAAACCACUGUAUCAUCCACUCUCGGAUGUGGGUGACCACGUUGUGGUGAUCAACACAAAGCAUGUGGCCAUGGCAGAGGAGCUGUGGAGAAAGCAUAGCUUUGAUUACGACACCAGAUUUGCAGGUGGUAAAUCAAGAACAACAGCCUGGCAACUUCAUGAUGUAGAUCCCACCAAGGUUAUGCACAAAGCAGUAUACCGCGCAGGGCCCAAGAAUCUGCUGCGGCCUACCCUCAUGAGGAGACUUCAUCUGUAUCCAGACGAGAGGGUGCCCUCAGAAGUUUUGGAGAACGUUACAGAUGUUAUACGACAGAUAAUGGUCGUACCGAGGUCUCUCGACUCUUACACAGAGGAAGAACUGAAAAACUUUCCCAUCCUGUUCGAUUGGCCUGAAGACCAUAUUUUAUACAAAAGACCACCUCCUGGGGAACCUGCAGAAGAAUUGACGGGUAACACGAAGCAGCAAGCUGCUAAGAAAAAAUAGUGCAUAUCUGCUUUACAAAUAUAUCAACAUUGAAAUUAACUCGUUGAUUUUUUAUUUCAUUUAAUUUUGCUAAUCAAAAGACCUGUGGGUAAUGAAAACAGAUUUUAUGCUUAGAAAAAAAUCAUCAUGGAAUCAGACUAAGUGAAUGGGAGGAUUUGUAUGCAUCAUGUUACAUUGGUCAUUGUUGCCUACUAGUACUCAAAUGCUUAGAAGAUGAAAAUAAAAACUUAAUAGCAAA